CACUACCAUAAAUUUGAUUCUGUGACUGACAACAAUCUGUCAUUCUUUUCUGGUUAGCCAUUGCCGAUUUGUGUGCAAGUGAUUGAAAAAUUUUUCAAAAUGCAAGCCAAGCAGACGAAAAAGGAGCCCAUCCACUCGGUGCAGGUUUUCGGAAGGAAGAAAACCGCUACAGCUGUUGCUUAUUGCAAAAGGGGUCGUGGUCACCUCAGCGUAAAUGGCAGGCCCUUGAACCAAGUGGAGCCAAAAAUGCUCCAAGAUAAACUUCAGGAACCAAUUCUUCUGUUGGGAAAGGACAAAUUCAGUGCUGUGGAUAUCAGAGUUAGAGUGAACGGCGGUGGUCAUGUGUCCCAGAUUUAUGCCAUCAGACAAGCUAUCUCAAAAGCCAUUGUUGCUUAUUAUCAAAAAUACGUUGAUGAAGCCUCCAAGAAGGAAUUGAAAGACAUUCUCAUUCAAUACGAUAGGACAUUGUUAGUUGCUGAUCCUAGGAGAUGCGAACCCAAGAAAUUCGGUGGUCCAGGUGCCCGUGCCCGCUACCAAAAAUCUUAUCGUUAAGAUUUACAUUUAUAUUUUACUUUCAUGAAAUAAAAUAAUAGAAAAUCUUCAA